CCAAAGAGAAACUGAUAGGGGAAUGAUGAUGGCUCGUAGGACACAGGAAGGCGCCAAAAGUAGUCUACUUUUUUUGUGUUUUAGCUUACUAUUCUUGGUUGUAUUAGGUGACUUGAAUGAUGAACAAGUAGAAGAUUGGAACUGGGUGACAUAUGGUUCAGUCAUCAAACUUUGUCAUCAGUCAACGGGCUAUCGGCUUCACUCCCAUGAAGUUGUGUAUGGUACUGGUAGUGGACAACAAUCUGUUACAGCAUAUCCUUUUGGUGGAGACAGUAACAGCUUUUGGUUAGCAAAGGGUGUUCACAACGAGACUUUAUUUUCUCAAGGCAACCCUAUUCUUUGUGGUUCUUUUAUUCGGCUAGAACAUUUGAAUACUAAAAAGAAUCUACAUAGUCACUUACCCAAGUCACCCAUUUCGGGAAACUUGGAAGUUAGUGCCUUUGGAGUUGAUGGUGAAGGGGAUAGUGGUGAUGUCUUUCAGUUGUUGUGUGCAGACAACAGAGCGAAAGAAUGGAAACGCGGUGAAGCUGUGUAUCUAAAGCAUGUGGAUACCAAAUCAUUUUUAUAUUCCAACGCCAAGUAUGCAUAUCCUGAUCCUAUUGAAGGUCAUUUAGAAGUUUCUGGAAACAAGAGGAAAAGUACAGAGUGUUUAUGGCAGGCGGAUGAUGGUUUCUUUUUUAUGAAACCCUAGUCUUAUAGAGCCCAAGGUAAGAAUACCACUUCAUAAAAAGAAAGGUUGGAAUGAUGAA